AUGUUCAGCUCUAUAUUUUUAUUACAGUUUUUGAGCCUCUGUUAUUCAUUGAAGCUUGAUGUUUUGCGAAUUAUAGAGAAGUAAGUUGGUGAAUGUACAUGUUAUAGUCAUAAUCAAAUGAUAAUUUCAGCAACCUUGAUACAAAUGCAAAUGCGUGUGAGAGUAUUUACGAUUUUUCGUAUAUAAAAUUGGCGAACAAUGAAACAAUGUUGAACUCGAUUCAAAAAAAUUAUGAUGAUCAGAUUUUCGACUUGAUAUCUGAUAAUUUUACUGAACACUAUGUGAGUCAAGAACUUAAAAAAUUAUAUAUUGCAAUCGAAUGCUUUAGAACUACACUGUUCCAAUUGGAAUCAAAUAUAUUUCACAAUUUCUGAAAGAUAGCAGCCUGAAUGAAUCAGUUUUGGCGUUAGCCGAUGAUUUUGAGAAUUUGUAAGAAUUUCAUUUGAAAACUCGAAGAUAUAUUUGUUUACAGUUGCCUGAAAAAUUCUAGCGAAUUGUAUAUUAUGUUAAGACAGCUCGGAAAAGUUUACAAUCAUUAUUUAUUUGAAAAUCUUCUACUUGAUACAAACUGUACAAGAGCUUCAAUCAAUUUGAAAGAUCAAUUACUUGUCGGACUUAUUUAUCGUAUGGAAGUAAGCUAUAUUUUUUUACUGAUUGUCAGAAAAGAAAAGAAUCUUAAAUUUUGAUUGUGAAUUUUAUAGAGACUAUUAGACAAAGCAAAAGUUCAUUUUCAUAAUGUUGCAGCAUAUUAUUGGAUUAUAGAAAAUGAAGGAAAAUUUGAAGAAACAUUAAAACUGUUCAAAUAUUUUCAACAAGAAUUGCGGAAAAUGUUCACAGUAAAGACACCAAAAUAUAACAAAACAUUAAAAUUGUUUUUAUUUAUUUCAGACUACAAAAUGGAUAAAAAAUUCUGAAAGUUCGCGAUCAUUUAGUGAAAUAUCACGCCUUCUAAAGUUGCGAAAUCCGAAAGAAUAUGCGUUUAAUAGUAUUCCAAAACUUAUAAAACUUGAUCAAGAUUAUGAGAAAUGUUUGAAGUAAAAUUGAAAAAGUAUUCGAAAUAAAGUUAAUGAUAUUUUUCCAGAGAAUAUAAUAUACCUUCAAUGCAGUUUUUAUGUUUAAAUGAUGUAGAUAUAGAAGAAGCAGAGAAUCUCAAAAACAUUGAAACUUACACCAAUUUUCCCGUUGUGACAGUUGCGAAUCCGUUUUUAACACUUUUCGAUGGUAAUUCACCACCUGGCUUUAUUGUGAGUUUUGAAAAUAAUAUGAUUUUUUUUUACAAAAUCAAUUGCAGUUUGGAACACUUGGUUUUGAAAUCGCUAAAGAAAUUGGAAAAGUAAUGGUGAUGGAUGCAGAAAAUCGAAUAUUUUUGCCUUAUUUCUCGGAAGUUGCCAAAAACUGUACAUUGAAACAAUUGAACAAAACUGCAAUUGUUUAUGAACAAGUUUGUCUAUAUUAUUUUUGAACAAAUUAGGAAAGAUUUCAGAAUAUAACAUCUGUGAGCACUGACACAUUACAUCCAAUUGUAUUUGCUAUUACUUUUUCAUAUGAGCAAUUGAGAAAAACGCACAAGAGUGACUUGCAUGUGAGAAACAUUUUUUCCCAUUUUCGAUAUUCUAGAUAAUUUUGGGAUUUUAGAAACACCCUGAAGAAUCUGUAUUUGAAUUAACAAAUUCUGAACUUUUCUUCUAUGGAGUUAAUGUAAUGUUGAAUAAUGUAAGUUUUCAAAAACCACAAAACCAUAUUGAAGUUUUUCUGAAUUUUAGCUCUACAAGCUUCCUGAACAAGAACAUGUAAAACAAGUUGUUCUCAAUGCAGCGGCAGCUCAAAUUUCAAGCAUAAAAAAUACUUUUAACUGUAGUAGAAAAUCAAUAUUUGGAAAAUCAAAAUCUGUAAGUUAUCUUCAUACCGGAAUUAAAGAUAAUGAGAUACUUCAGGAACUAUGUCACUUUUUUGGAAACAAAGCUCCAGAAUCGAAAAAAUGAUACAAUUUUGAAGUGAAGCAUAAAUAUAAUUUGUUUCUAGUUUUCAAUUACGAUAAAGAUUUGUAGACGUUACAUUGAUUGUAUUAAUGCCAUGUUCACAAAAAAUGUGCACUGCUAUGAUAAUUAAUAAUUUUCUGAAGCUUUAUUCUGGAAAAAUUACAGCAAGAAUUAUUUGUUGGAAAAUUUGUGGCGUCAAAGCAGAAAACGAUUACAGAUUCGUGAACACCAGUUGAAAUACAUUCGAGAAACUUCUUCAAAGUACAAUGCACUCUUCAUUUACGUAUGCGAAACGCCAAUGUCUCAAUGAAUCAUUCUGAAUAAUCAAAAGAAAUCAUCCCUCGCCGACACAAGACUUUCAAAUCUUUACCUAUUCAAGCUUUUCUUCCCCUUUUUCAUUCAAAACAUUCAGUUAUUUUGUUCUGUCUAUGGUUCAAACAGAUGUAAGGACAACAGUUUCUCAUUUUUGCCUUUCUGCGUCUCUCCUUUUCAAUAAUUCUCUCGUUUUUUUCUACAAACAGAAGUUCGUUUCAUUCAGCUCAAAACAAGUGCGACGAUCAUUUUCUUUUCUUCUUUUUUUUAUUUUUAAACAUUUAUAAUAGCAAAUUAGUAUUUUUAGUAGAUCAUUUUAUUUUGAGGCUUAUAACAUGCAUAAAUUUCGGCGCUUUUGAAAGGUUUACAGUAUUCAUAACUUUACAGAUUUGUUGGAUUUUGAAAACAAAACUGGAAAAAAUGGAUGAUCCAAAAAAUAUACAAGAUUUGGGGUGGAAGGUAUGUAAUAUAUUUGAUAAUUAAUUUAAACCACAUUCUUAAUGACUUUCAGAUUAUGAUCUUCACAAUUAUCAUGAUCUGGGACUUUCUUUGGUCAAUAAUACUCUUAUUGGAAAUCUUCAACUUUUCAUUAGAAACUAUCCCGAUGCUCAUAGUUCCCUUGUUAUUUUUAUUAAUUUCUAUGGGAAUGUCAUUUCACAAUAAUAAUUCUGAUGGAAUGAAGUUGAUGUGGGCAUAUAAAUUGUUCAGCCUACUUGGCGCUGCUUUAACGAACAUUUUCCUGGUUCUCAACCACAGUGAGUCUGGAUAUUCUUGAAAGUUCAUAACUGCCUCUCAUAUGAAUACACCACCCGUUGAGAAUUUCAUUUCUAUAUACCUACAAAAUCCUAUCCAUAUUUAACGGUUUUUCAAUUUCUCAUAAAGAUAUACGAAUGAGAGACAAGUAUUCAAUAUUUAAAAAAUACGUUUUUUUUUAGAUAAGUUUGGAUUGCUUCUUGUUGUGUGUUCUGGAAUUUUGAUGAUGUUGAUGUUGUUUUCGUUUGUUUAUUUUUCAUUAACAUCUUUCAAAAAGAAUCGCAAGAUGUUCUCUCAAAAUCGAAAACCUUCGAUCCAAAAAGUCGAUAUUGCAAAUAACAAAAAGGAUGUCCAAGCAGAACAGAAAUCACUCCACUCGCCAGAUCAACAACGUCAUGUUCAUUUUCCAAAAGAUCCAAUCACUCGUGUUCUUGAGUUUAUUGAUUUGAGCAAUUAUCUCUACGUGGGUAGAAAUAUAGAAUGUCUUGCACAGCCUGUUGAUCAGAUGAGUUCGUCGAAAAAUGGUAGAUAUAAGAAGAAAAAUAAUAAACGCAAGCAUAUUGAGGGAAUGAAGCAUGUUUCUGGUUGGGAUUCAGAUUAUGUUGAAAUGAGGGGUAUGUUUACAAAAUCAUACUAAUUCCAUGUCAAUUGAUUUAAGAUUACGAAGGACAAUCCACAUCAAAAAAAUCGAGAAUUUUGGAACCUAUUACUGAAGAAAUCUCAGUUCAUGUUGAAGAUGAAUGUGCUGAAAACAAAUUAUUUGCAACUUCUGGUGAAUACUCGACAUUAGAAACAAGUAGUGAGUUUUUCAUGAUUUUCCUGACGAAAUGUUUUGAAAAUGAAAAACGAAACCUUGUGUUGUUUUUUGAAAAUUAAUUUUUGUUUUCAGCUUCUGAUCGCGUCGAACAAAAUUUUCAGAGAGAAAAUGACGAUGAGAAGAGAGAUGAUGAAUCAUAUUACAGGGUGUAUUAUUCCAAUGAUUCAACAGAUUCCGAAGCUACUAAUAGUUCUUCUUCUCAAAGUGAAAACGUGAGUUAGAAAUCUAAUUCCAUAACUUUAAAGAUCCAUCUUCAGCAAAAACAACAUUUUUUUAGAUGUGAAUGUGGUCAACGAACCUGCUCCACAUUUGGUUCAAUUUUGAACCAGAUUUUGAAAUAUAUAUUCUUGAAUUAAUAUUUAACAUUAUUAACCUCCAAUUGAUUUCCUAGUUUUUUACACAGUUCAGUGCUUUACCCUUUUUGAUGUGACCUAACUUUUUUUUCAUAAAAAUCUUUAAAGGAAGUUGUUAUUUUUUUUUAUUUUUUGUCCUUAUAAUCAGCCGGUUUUUGUCUUUAAUUUAUCUCAUUAUUUGUUUCUUAAAUGGCUCGGUAACUAAAAAAUUAUCAAUAUCUGAAAUUGAAGAUAUUUAUCUCUAGACACUUCCAUUUAUAAGUUGCAAAAAAUAUUUCGAUUUUUCAGAACCGAAGGAAUAAACUUUUGAGAAAUAGAAGACUUGGAAAUUUGUCAGUCUAG